AUGCAUACCAUAUCACAACAAAUGGCAAUCAUCUCUUUUUUCAACCUCAUUUUUUCAUUCCUCCUUGUCUUGCUCUCUUCCCAAUCCUCAGCAACUUCCAGUUCCAUUACAUAUCGCUUCACUCGAUGUCUAAACAACCGAGCCGACCCUUCUUUUCCGAUCAAUGAACAACUUUACACCUCCCGUAACUCCUCUUUUCCCUCUGUCUUUCAAGCUUACAUCCGUAACCUUCGCUUCAAUGAAUCCACGACUCCCAAACCCAUUCUAAUCAUCACUGCCUUACAUCCUUCACACAUUCAAGCAGCUAUUGUGUGCGCCAAAACACACCGCCUGCUAAUGAAAACCAGAAGCGGAGGCCAUGAUUAUGAAGGGCUUUCCUAUGUGACCAAUUCAAACCAACCCUUCUUCGUUGUUGACAUGUUCAAGUUAUGCUCCGUAAAUAUAAGUAUUGAAGAUGAAACUGCAUGGGUCCAAGCUGGUGCGACUCUUGGUGAAGUCUACUAUCGAAUUGCUGAGAAAAGCAACACGCAUGCUUUUCCCGCUGGAAUUUGCCCUACUGUUGGAGUUGGUGGCCAUUUUAGUGGUGGAGGAUAUGGUAACUUGAUGAGAAAAUAUGGCCUCGCCGUCGAUAAUAUUGUUGAUGCUCAGUUAACCGAUGUGAAUGGCAAGCUUCUGAAUCGGAAGUCCAUGGGUGAAGAACUUUUUUGGGCAAUCACAGGUGGUGGUGGUGUCAGCUUUGGUGUGAUUCUAGCAUACAAGAUCAAACUGGUUCGUGUUCCUCCCGUUGUGACAGUCUUUAACAUCCAAAGAACAUCACAGCAGAACCUCAGCACCAUCGCCCACCGGUGGAUACAAGUUGCCGAUAAACUCGAUAAUGACGUUUUCGUUCGAAUGACUUUUGACGUCAUAAACAACAGAAAUGGGAAAAAGAUUAUUCGUGCAACAUUUCCAACAUUGUACCUAGGAAAGUCGGCAGCACUUGUUACACUCAUGAACAAGGAUUUUCCAAAAUUAGGGUUGAAAAAGUCGGACUGUAUUGAAAUGAGUUGGAUUGAGUCUGUGCUUUUCUACAGAAACUUCUCCAUCGGUACUCCAACUACUGCUCUUCUAAGCCGUACAGGUGAAAAACUCAACCCAUUAAAGAUCAAAUCUGAUUAUGUGAAAGAACCUAUUUCAAAACAAGGAUUCGAAUUCAUAUUUGAAAAGAUGAAAGAACUUGAAAACCAACUGUUGGAUUUCAACCCAUAUGGUGGAAGAAUGAGUGAAAUUUCGGAAUUUGCAAAGCCUUUCCCGCAUCGAUCAGGAAACAUAGCGAAGAUUCAAUAUGAAGUAAACUGGGAAGAACUUGGCGUUGAAGCAGCCAAACGAUACGUGAAUUUCACAAGGAUGAUGUAUGAUUACAUGACUCCAUUUGUUUCUAAGAAUCCUAGGGCAGCAUUUCUGAACUACAGGGAUUUGGACAUUGGUGUCAACAGCCAUGGCAAGAAUGCUUACGCGGAAGGGAUGAUUUAUGGGCACAAGUAUUUCAAAGAGACGAAUUACAACAGGUUAACGAUGGUGAAGACGAGCGUUGAUCCUAAUAAUUUCUUUAGGAAUGAGCAAAGUAUCCCAACCUUGUCAUCUUGA